AUGGAUCUCGCUCCCCACGGAAUCACCGUCAACGCGGUGUGUCCGGGUCCGAUCAACACCGACCGCAUGAGCUAUUGGGAGCGCGACCAGGCCGCCCAGCGAGGGCUCACCCAGGAGGAAUUCCGCGCCCAGGUGGUCGCGUCCUCCGCGGACCGGACCCCGCUUGGCCGCAUCGCCGAACCGGAAGACGUUGCCAACCUGGUGGCGUUCCUGGCCGGCCCGGAUUCUACUUUGAUCACCGGUCAGUCCUACAACGUCAACGGUGGCAUAUUGUUCCACUGA